AUGGGCCGCAGCCGUCUCGGCCCUUCGCCACCGCAGUUGCCGCCGUGGCAGCCGCCCCCCUCGGCAACCCCCUUCGCCCCUGGCACGCAGCAGCCGUCGUGGCAGCCGCCACCCACGGCGCACAUCGGCGCCUCCACCAUGCAGCAGCAACAACAACGCUCUGUCACUCCCACCGUGGCGCUACCGCACCAGCUGCUGCGGCCGCCGCCACCGGCAACCUCGACCCAGGGCGCCCCAACGACGGCUCAGGGGGUGCCCAUCCACCAGGUCCGGUUCCCUCCAUCGCCACCACCGCUACCGACCUCGCUCGCCGGGUCCCUCGAGCCGGUCUACACGAGGGCCUCCGGACAGCCGCACGUGCUGCCCCCGUUGGUGCCGCCCUCGGGCAUCUAG